UGGAACGCAGCCCUAUAUGUAAACCGUGGUUAUGUCAACAUUAGCAAAUGAGUGACAUUCUAUAAUACUUCUAAAGUAGAAUUUAUCAUUUGCUAAAUAUUUAUAUAGCCAUUAAGAUUGUAAUUUCGUUAUUUGUGUUCUAGUCACGAAAUGGAUUCUUAUAUAAUGCAGAUUCGGCGAAUGUGGCUGCAUCAGGAUGGAGAAGCGUUAGCGGACCUUUUAUCCUUAAGACAUAGUCAUGUCUUGAUUCCUCAAAUUGGUUCGGAAGCUGCUGUAAACAAGACUAUGGAACAUUUAUCCACACCACUGGAUGAUUUGGUACUUUCUCACUUAAAAGCUAUAUCUGCAAUGAAUAAGAAUGAUCCUUUCGCCAUGUACAAUCAUCAGAGUUCAGCUGUACAAUAUCUCGUAAAAAUUCUGCAAAUGCAAAAGGAGGAAAACUGGAUGCUACCAGUGAUGAAUGUAAUGUGUUUGGAGUUGAGAUUGUCUGCAAUAGGGGCGGAAAAUGUAAAGAGCAAUAAGAACUUGAAGCCUGGAGAGGUCCUUGAAAAAUGCGCGGAAUGCCUAAUGACUUGUUUUCGAGUUUGUGCAGCUGAUAGCAGAAGUUCGGAGGAAGACACAAAGAGAUGGGGAAUGCUGGCCUUGAUUAACCAAUUGCUGAAGAUAUAUUUCAGAAUCAACAAAUUGCAUUUAUGCAGACCACUAAUUCGGGCCAUAGAGUCUUCCCCCUAUAAGGACCACUUUGCGCUGGCACAGCAAAUCACUUACAAAUUUUUCGUUGGCCGGAAAGCAAUGUUCGACAGUGAUUAUAAAAUUGCUGACGAGUAUCUAACUUACGCGUUCGAGCAUUGUCACAUGCAAUGCCGGAAAAACAAAAGAUUAAUCUUGACUUACCUUGUACCUGUGAAGAUGUUACUGGGCUACAUGCCGAAGCAAAGCCUCUUAGACAAGUAUAAUUUAAUGCAAUUCUACGAGCUAAUGGAAUCCGUGAAAAAAGGAGAUCUACGAUCCUUAGAAGGAGUAAUGGCGAAACAUGAGACCUUCUUUAUCGAUGCUGGCAUAUAUUUAAUUGUAGAGAAACUUAAACUGAUUGCCUACAGAAAUUUAUUUAAGAAAGUAUAUUUGGCGCUAAAUACGCAUCAAAUACCGGUGUUGAGCUUGCUCGUUGCACUGCAGAUGUACGGAAUGGAAGAUAUAGAUAUGGACGAGACAGAAUGUCUCCUUGCAAAUUUAAUUUAUGAAGGCAAAAUUAAGGGAUAUAUUUCUUAUCAGCAUAAAAAAUUGGUCAUAUCCAAACAAAAUCCUUUUCCUCCGUUAUCUACGAUUGUACUGUAAAUAAUUGCGAUAGUAAUUAUGUUCACUGUAUUUUUUCAUAAUAAAAAUAUUUUCUACAACUUUUUA